UGUGCGCUGUCUUUUUUUGCCUCUAUUGCUUGUGACUUACUUUUCUGCAAAAGGCAUGAACAGCUUACUUAAAGCAUGUGGUUUUUGCUUCAUUUCAUUUUUCACUGGUAUGUUUUUGGACCUCUUGUUGGACAGCACGCUCCCUCUCGCUGAAGGCAGCCGCAAUUUUUUGAGGCUAAGGAAAAAUAUUGUGGUGGAUUAUUUUGAAAAUUGCGAGCAAAAAAUCUAUGCAUUCAGCCCUUACUUCAAAUUUUCUCGGAAUGGCUCGUUCACGAUAAUCAACGGCGAGGAAAUCAUCAGCAAGGACUUCAGUAUAAAUUAUCCAGUUUCGGUUCAAUUCGUGAUCGAAAAGUGUUCAGAUAAAUCGAAUCCGGACACGUGCGAAUAUUACACCACGUGGAAAUUCGACGAUUUUUGCGCUUUGAGACUGAUGCCAUUUUUCCCCGCUUUCCUGGAAGCUCACUCGCCACCCUUGACCUGCCCUUUCAAAAAGGGUCGUUACGUGAUCAAAGAUGCAAGGAUCGAUCCUGGUCUAGUGGCGCCAUUUUGGGGUGGCGCAUCGAAUCAAGUAUUGUGGAAACAGCGGAUUCUCUUGAAAGAAAAAAAUCAGCUUAUCGGAUGCCUGAACCUUGGAUUUCGGAUUGUCGACAUGCGAAUAAGAUUCUAGAAUAUAAACCACAGAGGUAUAAUCGUUAUGAAAAAACGACGUAUGAACAUCCUCAUGUUUUACUUCUAAGUAAAAUUCCCUCUCAAUUAAUGAUAUGUCAUAUAGCCAAAAAAACAUAAUUUAAAAUUAAGUCCUGGCAAAAUUUGUUAUCCCAUGCAUCAAAUCCACUCCAGAAAGAUAAUAAAGGUAAAUUAAAAAUUA